AUGGGCUGGGGUUGUAGUGGCUCUCUAGGUUUAGUAAUCCUGGUGAUUCUGGGGUUAUGUCAUGGACAAGCAGACUUUUGGAAAGCUGGUACAGAAGCCCUCCAGUAUCUCUAUCAGUGCGGAGACCAUGGUUUGCAAUUGCUUGUGUACCCCAGUCCCAGCCAAGCGGUCCGCUUUAAAGUUGUGGAUGAAUUCGGGAAAGUCUUUGAAGUUUCCAAUUGUCCCUUCUGUCAUCACGUGAUCACAUCACAUAAUAGGACAGUUGCCUUCUCUGCUGGCUAUGAUGGCUGCGGUGUAAUAAAGAAGGAUGGCAUACAUCACUUGAAAGUCCAUUUAGAGGAACUAACAAGGAACGGAAGAGUAGUAGCUGUUCAUGAGAUCAACAUGAUCUGCCCCAAGCCACAGGAGCAUGUCACAACCCCAGAGAACAAUAUGCGCCGUGUCAACCAGCCGCAACCUGUUCUAGUGCAUACAGGAGGAUCCCAGCUAGGCCUGGUGCACCAUGGGCAGUCCCGGCCCGGUCUUCUUCUGCCACACCAGCCCAGCAGAGUGCAUCCAGGACAAUCUCAGACUGGUCAACUUCUCCCACUCCUGCCUGGCCAAGUACAUCCAUUCCACCCUGGCUUAAUGCGUCCAGGAGAGUCCCAGCUUGCCAUAGUGUGUACACAGGAGUCCCAACCAGGUCAUGUGCACCCUGGACAGGUACAUCCAGCACAGCCCAGUCGUACGCCUCCAGAGGAAUCCCAACCUGGCAUGGUGCACCCACUCCAGCACAGCCUAGUUUGUUCAGGGGAAUCCCAGCCUGGCUUAGUGUACCCAAUAGAGCCUGGCCAAAUGGACCCACUCCAACCUGGUUUAUUACAACCAGGUGUAUCCCAACAUGGCCUCAUGCGUCCCAUGAAGCCAGGACAGGUUCGCCCAGGAGAAUCCCAGCCAGGUCUCAUGCGUCCAUUGCAGCCAGGACAGGUUCGCCCAGGAGAAUCCCAGCCCGGUCUCUUGCAUCCCAUCCAGCCAGGACAGGUGCGCCCAGGAGAAUCCCAGCCAGGUCUCAUACGUCCCAUGCAGCCAGGACAGGUUCGCCCAGGAGAAUCUCAGCCUGGUCUCUUCCAUCCCAUCCAACCAGGACAGGUGCGCCCAGGAGAAUCCCAGCCAGGUCUCAUACGUCCCAUGCAGCCAGGACAGGGGCGCCCAGGAGAAUCUCAGCCCGGUCUCUUGCAUCCCAUCCAGCCAGGACAGAUGCGCCCAGGAGAAUCCCAGCCAGGUCUCAUGCGUCCCAUGCAGCCAGGACAGGUUCGCCCAGGAGAAUCUCAGCCCGGUCUCUUGCAUCCCAGCCAGCCAGGACAGGUUCGCCCAGGAGAAUCUCAGCCCGGACUCUUGCGUCCCAUCCAGCCAGGACAGGUGCGCCCAGGAGAAUCUCAGCCUGGUCUCUUGCGUCCCAUCCAGCCAGGACAGGUGCGCCCAGGAGAAUCUCAGCCCGGUCUUGUGCGCCCAGGAGAAUCUCAGUCAGGUCUCGUGCACCCAAUUCAGCCAGGACAGGUUCACCCAGGAGAAUCUCAGCCUGGGCUCAUGCAUCCCCUCCAGCCAGGUCAGGUGCACCCACUCCAGCCUGGCCUAGUGCAUCCUGUUGUGUCACAACCUGGCUUAGUGCAUCCAGGGCAGUUUCAGCCAGGCCUGGUGUAUUCAGGCGAAUCCCAACCUGGCCAGCUUCUUCCACUUCAACCAGAUCAUGUUCAUCCAGGGGAGCCCUUUCCUGGGCCUGUACAUCCAAUGGUUAUCCAGUCUAGUAUAGGUCGCCCUCUAACUCAGCAGCAAUGCCAAGUUUUUUCUGAGAGAAUACCCUGUGCAGAUGUACAAGGACCAACAGCUUGCCAUCAGACUGGUUGCUGUUAUGAUGCUAGGGAUCAGGUGACUCCAUGCUACUAUGGCAACACAGUCACUGUUCAAUGCCUUCGAGAUGGCUACUUCAUUUUGGCAAUCUCCAGGGAUAUGUUGGAUUAUCCGAUUAUCCUGGAGAGUGUCAGACUCUCCUAUGCCCAAGCAGAUUGCAGUCCAAUCAGAAAAACAGAAUCUUUCCUGGUCUUCCGCUUUCCUCUCACACAGUGUGGCACAACUGUUCAGGUGACUGGUGGCAAAUUGAUAUACGAAAACCAGCUUGUUUCUGGCCUUGACAUCCUAAAAGGGCCAGGUGGCUCUAUUACACGAGACAGUACCUUAAUGCUUCAUGCUCGUUGUAUCUACAACACUACUGAUUUCCUGCCACUUCAGGUUGAAGUGUUUUCACCUCCUAGCCCAGCUCCAAUUUUCCAAGUAGGGCCUCUCCGGCUUGAGCUGCGCAUUGCCACAGAUUCGAGCUAUACCUCAUACUACUCACAGUAUCCUAUUGUGAAGAUCCUGAGAGACCCUGUGCAUGUAGAGAUUCGCAUCCUACAGAGAGAUGACCCAUCCCUAGUUCUGGUUCUUAAUGAGUGCUGGGCUACUCCAAGUUCAAAUCCCCUUGAGCAAUUACAGUGGCCAAUCCUAGUAGAUGGGUGCCCAUUUGAAGGAGACAACUACAGAACCCAGCUGGUACCCAUGGGACCUGCUACGUCAGAACUUCGCUUUCCUAAUCACUACCAGCGUUUCAUCAUUUACACAUUCACAUUUGUGGAUUCUGCCCCUCAAAUGGUGCUAGAUGGUUUGGUGUACCUCUUCUGCAGUGUAUCUGUUUGCCAUCCCCCCGAUCAUGAUUCCUGCAGGGUUGCAUGUCAAAUGCCAGUGGCUUCAAGAGGCCGUCGGUUUUUGAAGGAGGAAAAUGAGACAGAAUCCUUGGACUUAGUAAGCACUUAUGGAGCUGUAAUUUUUCAAGAGAGUAUUCAAGAGAAACAAGUCGAGUGGAAGAAUGAUGUGAUCUCCAGUGAAGACCUGACACUGGUACUUUUGGUGGUACUACCUAUCAUUGGGAUUAUCCUAUUUAUUGCUGUGCUAGUGCUCUGGAAGAAAAGAAGCAGGAUGACAAAGCUCUAA